AUGAAGUCAGCAACGUUUACAUCCAUGGAGUCAGUAGUUACCAACAAGCGAAUCGACACAGAUUUGAUUGAAGAAAAAACAAAUAUUAGAAAACUCUCCUGUAUGUUGGAUUGUUUGAAUGAUGUCACAUGUGAUUCUAUUGGUUACCAUAGUGAUGACAUGAAAUGCCGACUCUACAAUGUAGUAGUGUCCGGUUCUGGCGGUGUCACUGAAAUUGGAUGGGGAUAUUAUUCUAUUCGAGAAGAUUUCUGUUCAGAAGAGAAUUUCCAUCAUAAUCGCGUUCUUGACCUGUGUUAUUACUCGCCAGCUGGAAAAGAAAGUUGUCCUGAAGCGAUUGAUAUAUGUGCCAACUUUUCUGCCAAUUUACUUAUUGUGGACAACCAAGCUAAACAGGACUGGAUGACGGAAUUUUGUGUUACUAACAAUGUUGACGGGACUUUCUUUGAUGCCUACAUGGACAGUAGUGCAGGUGUGUGGAGGCUUGGAAGUACUGGUAUGGCACUAACGUAUACUUACUGGGAUGGAGGACAACCAAACAUGGCCGGUCUUUGUAUAGGCACGAUAUCCAUCCAUGGCUGGUAUUGGCACGACUACCCAGUUCAUUGGAAAGCAGGCAUCAUAUGUGAAAUCCGCCGUCCUUAA